AACGAAGAAGACAAAAAGAGACGAGCGGGAAAGAUCGUGGUUCACUGUGACACUGUUAAAGAAUAAACCAUGAAAAAUCUUAUACAGAGAGGGUAACGCGUCAAUAUAAGAUGGCAUUUAGCCUAGGAGGUGGGACAACGCCGUUUGGUGCAACAAGUACUACGUCAUCAGCACCAUCUUUUGGGUUCGGGGGGUCAACUCAGCCAUCAGGAGGGUUUGGUACACAAGCGAAGACAACAGCAGCCACUGGUUUUUCUUUCGGUACUCCUGCUGCUACAUCAACGACCGGAUUCUCCUUUGGUGGUACCCCUGCUACCAGUGCAUCUACAGGAUUCUCUUUUGGUGGAGCACCGGCAUCAACUGCAUCUACAGGUUUCUCAUUUGGAGGCGCGGGCACAAGCACAGGCACAUCUGCUUUUGGAGGAGCCACAGCAUUUCCUAGUUUUGGAGGAGGACUUGGGGGAACAGGCACCACUACUACAGGUCAAAGUUCAUUUGGAUUUGGACUUGGAA